AUGAGGCUCACUCUGCAUCUCUGGGCCGUAAUCGGGCUCAUCAUCCCUAUCCUAGCUCAGAAGCCUCAAACACCCCUCUUCUCAACCGGCCGCUGGAUUACAGACUCGUCAAACAAACGUGUUAAACUUCGCUGCAUCAACUGGGCAGGCCACAUGGAAGUCAAUCUCCCCGAGGGCCUACACAAGCAACCCAUAGAGUACCUGGCCGAUUGGAUCAAGCACGAAGGUUUUAACUGCGUCCGCCUCACAUUCUCAACCGACCACGCCCUCAACCCGGGGAUCAAGGUACGGGACUCGUUCAUUAACGGCGCAAAGGCGGCGGGGGUCAACGAGGCAGACCUCCUCAAGCUCUACGACCAGGCGGUUCAGAAGAAUCCGUUUCUGGCGGAUUCCAACGUCACACAACGCGACGUCUUCUCGCGCAUCAUCGACGUGCUUUGGCAGCGCGACAUAAUGACUGUUCUCGACAACCAUGUUAGCAAAGCGAGCUGGUGCUGCAAUCUUGACGAUGGCAAUGGGUGGUGGAAGGAUGCGAGGUUCUACUGGGCCGCCAACAGUCGUUACUUCGAUACAGAUUUGUGGCUCGCAGGCUUACAGCAGGUGUCCAUCUGGGCCACGACGAGACCAGGCGUCGUCGCCAUAUCGAUUCGUAACGAGCUCCGAGCUACAUGGACGCAGAUUCCCUUCGCAGCAGAUCAGUGGUAUGGAUAUGUCACGCGCGGUGCCAAGACUGUCCACGAGGCGAAUCCAGACGUGCUUGUCAUCAUCGGCGGGCUUAACUCUGCUACGGAUUUCUUCCCGUUGCGGACAAGAGCACUGGAUACUUCAGCAUGGAACGGUAAGAAUGUGUGGGAGGCGCAUAGCUACAGCUUCACAGUCACGACACCCAACUUUGGGGAUUGUAAUCUUGAGCGCGCACAGUACGGGGCUCUCUUCGGGUUUGUUCUUGAACAGAGUAAGGGUUACACAGGUCCGUUGUUCUUGUCUGAGUUCGGCGUUGGCAUGGUCGGUGGGCCGGAGGCCGGGUUGUCGUCCGAGGAUUAUGGAUAUAUAACUUGUCUUGUGGGGUACCUCGAGGGCAAUGACGCCGACUGGGCGUUGUGGGCAAUCCAGGGCUCAUAUUACGUCCGGAACAAAGUAGUUGACUUUGACGAGACAUGGGGGGCGAUGGACCGUGACUGGAAGGGAUGGAGGAACCCGGCGUUUAAGGGCUUGUUGGGUAAUAUCUUUUCAGUCACUCAGGGACCAUAG